GACACAACACAAUUCAUUCAUGCUGUAUACUUUUGCUAGCUUUUAGCCGCUAUCCGUGCCUUGAAGCCAUGCAUGUCGUCGUAGUAGUUUUGGCGACGCUGUACACGCCAUGUUCCAUCGUCUCCAUCCAUGCAGUGCGGGUGGCGGCUGCAACUUGCAUGCAAUUGGUGCAUGAACUCUAUACUUGAUCUGCACGCUCCAUAUAUACACGCUGCAUCCUCGGUCCCGUUUCCUCGCAACAAGUCACAGGAUCGGAGCAAAACAAGCACACACACAACCAAAAACUCCCGGGCGCCAGCUCGAUCAUACCGAAACCAUUUCCUCCAGCUUGCCGCGACCAUGGCCUGCAGUCUCCAGGGUGGUGAUGUCGUCGUGUUCGAGGUGGACGCCAUCGGCUGGGCUCCCUCCGGCGCGCGCACGGCGCUGUCCCUGCACCACGAGCUCGACCCGGCCAGGCUCCCUGCUGCGUCCGCCGCCGUCAGGCCGCACGGGCACACGCCCAGCGGCCGGUACGUCCUGGCGGGCGGCCGCGCCGACGAGGAGGACGGCCUGUGCCAGGCGAUCACGCCGGGCGCGCUCAAGCCCCGGGUCACGUACCGUGUCGCCGGGUGGAUCAGCGUCGCAGCCGCCGGCGCCGGGGUGGGAGGAACGACGACGGCCCACCAUCAUCCCGCCGUGCACGUCAGCAUCCGCGUCGACGGCGGCCGCUGCGUCAUGGACGGCGGCGCUGUCGCCUGCUCCGCCGCCGCCUCCGACGACGCCAGCAGCAGCAGGUGGGCGGAGAUCAAAGGCGGGUUCCGGCUGAAGGAGAGCCCCCGCAGCGCGGCGGUGCACGUGCAUGGUGCGCCCGCCGGCGUCGACGUGAAGGUCAUGGACCUGAGGAUCAUUGCCACCGACCGAAAAGCGCGCUUCAGGUACCUCAAGGACAAGACGGACAAGGUGCGCAAGCGUGACGUGGUUGUGAAGGUGGGCGGUGGUGCCCCAGCGGGCGCGCCCGUGCGCGUGGUGCAGCUGGACAGCGCCUUCCCCAUCGGCAGCUGCAUCAACGGCACGGUGAUCCAGGACCCAGCCUUCGUGGACUUCUUCACCAACCACAUGGACUGGGCCGUCUUCGAGAACGAGCUGAAAUGGUACUGGACCGAGGCGCAGCGCGGGCAGCUCAACUACGGCGACGCCGACCGCCUGCUCGACUUCUGCGACCGCGCCGGGAAGCCCGUGCGUGGCCACUGCAUCUUCUGGGCCGUCGACGCCGAGGUGCAGCAGUGGAUCAAGGACCUCGCCGCCGACGAGCUCAUGGCGGCGGUGCGGGCGCGCCUCAACGGCCUCCUCGGCCGCUACGCGGGGAGGUUCCCGCACUACGACGUCAACAACGAGAUGCUGCACGGCCGGUUCUUCCGCGACCGCCUCGGCGACGGCGUCGCGCCGCUCAUGUUCCGCGAGGCGGCGCGCCUGGACCCGGGCGCCGCACUCUUCGUCAACGACUACAACGUCGAGUGCGGCAACGACGGCAACGCCACGCCGGAGAGGUACGUGGAGCUCAUCCGCGGCCUUCAGCGCGGCGGCGCGCGGGUCGGCGGCGUCGGGCUGCAGGGCCACGUCACGCACCCCGUCGGGGAGGUCAUCUGCGACGCGCUCGACGCGCUCGCCGCGGCCACGGAGCUGCCCGUCUGGUUCACGGAGCUCGACGUGUGCGAGCCCGACGACGCCCUCCGCGCCGACGACCUCGAGGUGGUGAUGCGCGAGGCGUUCGCGCACCCGGCGGUGCAGGGCGUCGUGCUCUGGGGGUUCAUGCAGGGACACAUGUGGAGGCAGGACGCCGCGCUCGUCAACGCCGACGGCACCGUCAACGACGCCGGGCGGAGGUUCGUUGAACUCCGGAGGGAGUGGACGUCCGACGCGAGGGGACGCCUCGACGCCGAUGGCCAGUUCAAGUUCAGGGGCUUCCACGGCAACUACGUGGCUCAGGUCACCACGCCCGCGGGGACGAAGAUGCUCAAGGCGUUCACCGUCGACAAAGGGGACACGCCUCUCGUCCUGGACAUGGAUAACUGAACAUCGCCGCCUGACAAUUACAGUACAUGCACCACUGAUUAUUAUUAUUACAUACGAAUAUCAACUAUCAAGUACCGACCGUACCAGCUGCACUAAUUAAUAUGAUGGUGGGCCGUCUACCACGCAACAAUUCGACCUCACCCAAACAUGAAUCCAGUCAGGGCGACAAGUAUAUUUUGGAUAGGGGCCGGCUCCCCUAACUGUUCCAUAUUCGGUACUGUAAUGAUAAUAUGAGUGCUGAUGUAUUGUACUGGCUGAGCCUAAGUAUAUUAAUUGAUGUGAUAUACUAAUAAAUAAAGUGAUCGAGUUAAUUAUUACUCGAUUUUCUAUA